AUGGUUCAUCUUUAUAGUUUAUCAACUGCUGCAUUAAUUGUAACAACAGUUCAAUCUUUAAUUAUUCCAGAUAUUGCAUCAUUAUUUAAUUUUAAUGACUUAUUUAAUCAUCAAAUUGAAAAACAAAUUCCAUUAAUUAAUGAAGUUAAAUCAUAUGCUUCAAAAUUAUUAGAUUUUGAUCAUCCAUCAAAGAAAGUUAUUCCUGAUCAUUAUAUAAUUGUAUUGAAUGAUAAUUUAUCAAAUACAGAAUUAUUAAAUCAUCAAGUUACUUUAGAAACUAAAUAUGAAGAAAUGAUGUCUAUGUUAACUAAAAGACACGAAGAUGUUAAUUAUAAUCCUUUAUCAUUUUUUAAGAUUGACAAUUUUUUAACUGGUUAUACUGGUUAUUUUACAAAAGAUUUUAUUGAAAAUUUAUCAAAGCAUCCUCAUGUUAAAUUUAUUGAACAAGAUUCAGUUAUGUCAGUUAAUGAGUUUGAUAUUCAAAAAGAUGCAACUUGGGGUAUUUCAAGAGUUUCUCAUCGUGAAAAUUUAAAUAAUGAUCAAUAUUUAUACGAUUCAGAUGCUGGAAAAGGUGUUACUGCAUAUGUUGUAGAUACUGGUAUUAAAGUCGAACAUGAUGAAUUUGAAGGUAGAGCUGUUUGGGGAGAUUCAUUUGCAUUUCCAAAAUUAAAAGUUGAUGGUCAUGGUCAUGGUACUCAUGUUGCUGGUACAAUUGGUUCAAAAACUUAUGGAAUUGCUAAAAAUGUUAACCUUGUUGCUGUCGGAGUUAUGAGUAUUUUAGGUACCGGAUCAACAAGUGAUAUUAUCAAAGGUUUAGAAUUUUGUGUACAAGAUCAUCAACAAAAUAUUAAAUCAAAAUCCAAAUUUUUCAAAGGUUCAGUUGUUAAUAUGUCAAUUGGUGGUGGUAUUUCAGAAGCUUUAGAUCUUGCAGUUAAUGCAGCUACUAAAUCUGGUUUAAAUAUUGCUGUAGCUGCUGGGAAUGAUAAUCAAGAUGCUUGUAAUUAUUCUCCAGCAAGAGCUUCAGGUCCUAUUACAGUUGGUGCUACUACUAUAAAUGAUGCUAAAGCUGAUUUUUCAAAUUUUGGUAAAUGUGUUGAUGUAUUUGCGCCUGGUGAAAAUAUUGAAAGUACUUUUAUUUGGUCAGAUACUACUGUUAUGUCAGGUACUUCAAUGGCAUCUCCUCAUGUUGCUGGAUUAUUAGCUUAUUAUUUAAGUUUAUUACCUGGUCAUAAUUCAGAGUUCUAUACUGAUCCAUCAAUUAUUCAAAAUAAAGUCAUUAAAUAUGGUACAAAAGGAAUUAUAACAGGUUUAGAUAAAGAAUCACCAAAUAAUUUAAUUUAUAAUGGUGGUGGUCAAAAUUUAACUAAUUUAGAACUUUAG